AUGGAGAGUAAAGCUGAUGAAACUGACACAGUGAUUGCGAUCACCGGAGAUACAUUUCCUCGAGUGCAAUCACAGAGUGCAAGCAACAACACCUAUGAAAAUUCUGGGGAGGCUGGGACAGGCAACAGUGCCGUGUGGGCUGGGGCAGGCAACAGUGCCGUGUGGGCUGGGACAGGCAACAGUGCCGUGUGGGCUGGGGCAGGCAACAGUGCCGUGCGGGCUGGGGCAGGCAACAGUGCCGUGUGGGCUGGGGCAGGCAACAGUGCCGUGUGGGCUGGGGCAGGCAACAGUGCCGUGUGGGCUGGGGCAGGCAACAGUGCCGUGCGGGCUGGGGCAGGCAACAGUGCCGUGUGGGCUGGGGCAGGCAACAGUGCCGUGUGGGCUGGGGCAGGCAACAGUGCCGUGCGGGCUGGGGCAGGCAACAGUGCCGUGUGGGCUGGGGCAGGCAACAGUGCCGUGUGGGCUGGGGCAGGCAACAGUGCCGUGUGGGCUGGGACAGGCAACAGUGCCGUGUGGGCUGGGACAGGCAACAGUGCCGUGUGGGCUGGGACAGGCAACAGUGCCGUGCGGGCUGGGGCAGGCAACAGUGCCGUGUGGGCUGGGACAGGCAACAGUGCCGUGUGGGCUGGGACAGGCAACAGUGCCGUGCGGGCUGGGACAGGCAACAGUGCCGUGUGGGCUGGGACAGGCAACAGUACCGUGCGGGCUGGGACAGGCAACAGUGCCGUGCUGGCUGGGGCAGGCAACAGUGCCGUGCUGGCUGGGGCAGGCAACAGUGCCGUGCUGGCUGGGGCAGGCAACAGUGCCGUGCUGGCUGGGGCAGGCAACAGUGCCGUGCUGGCUGGGGCAGGCAACAGUGCCGUGCUGGCUGGGGCAGGCAACAGUGCCGUGUGGGCUGGGACAGGCAACAGUGCCGUGCUGGCUGGGGCAGGCAACAGUGCCGUGCUGGCUGGGGCAGGCAACAGUGCCGUGCUGGCUGGGGCAGGCAACAGUGCCGUGCUGGCUGGGGCAGGCAACAGUGCCGUGCGGGCUGGGGCAGACAACAGUGCCGUGCUGGCUGGGGCAGGCAACAGUGCCGUGCGGGCUGGGACAGACAACAGUGCCGUGUGGGCUGGGACAGGCAACAGUGCCGUGUGGGCUGGGACAGGCAACAGUGCCGUGUGGGCUGGGACAGACAACAGUACGGUGUGGGCUGGGACAGGCAACAGUACGGUGUGGGCUGGGACAGGCAACAGUACCGUGUGGGCUGGGACAGACAACAGUGCCGUGUGGGCUGGGACAGGCAACAGUGCCGUGUGGGCUGGGGCAGGCAACAGUGCCGUGUGGGCUGGGACAGGCAACAGUGCCGUGCGGGCUGGGACAGGCAACAGUGCCGUGCGGGCUGGGACAGGCAACAGUGCCGUGUGGGCUGGGACAGGCAACAGUACCGUGCGGGCUGGGACAGGCAACAGUGCCGUGCUGGCUGGGGCAGGCAACAGUGCCGUGCUGGCUGGGGCAGGCAACAGUGCCGUGCUGGCUGGGGCAGGCAACAGUGCCGUGCUGGCUUGGGCAGGCAACAGUGCCGUGCUGGCUGGGGCAGGCAACAGUGCCGUGCUGGCUGGGGCAGGCAACAGUGCCGUGUUGGCUGGGACAGGCAACAGUGCCGUGCUGGCUGGGGCAGGCAACAGUGCCGUGCUGGCUGGGGCAGGCAACAGUGCCGUGCUGGCUGGGGCAGGCAACAGUGCCGUGCUGGCUGGGGCAGGCAACAGUGCCGUGCGGGCUGGGGCAGACAACAGUGCCGUGCUGACUGGGGCAGGCAACAGUGCCGUGCGGGCUGGGACAGACAACAGUGCCGUGUGGGCUGGGACAGGCAACAGUGCCGUGUGGGCUGGGACAGGCAACAGUGCCGUGUGGGCUGGGACAGACAACAGUACGGUGUGGGCUGGGACAGGCAACAGUACGGUGUGGGCUGGGACAGGCAACAGUACCGUGUGGGCUGGGACAGACAACAGUGCCGUGUGGGCUGGGACAGGCAACAGUGCCGUGCGGGCUGGGACUGGCAACAGUGCCGUGCUGGCUGGGACAGGCAACAGUGCCGUGUGGGCUGGGACAGGCAACAGUGCCGUGCGGGCUGGGACAGGCAACAGUGCCGUGUGGGCUGGGACAGGCAACAGUACCGUGCGGGCUGGGACAGGCAACAGUGCCGUGUGGGCUGGGACAGGCAACAGUGCCGUGCGGGCUGGGACAGGCAACAGUGCCGGUGAGGCUGACCUCAGAGUGAACCACGAGGGUGAGGCUGACCUCAGAGUGAACCACGAGGGUGAGGCUGACCUCAGUGUGAACCACGAGGGUGAGGCUGACCUCAGUGUGAACCACGAGGGUGAGGCUGACCUCAGUGUGAACCACGAGGGUGAGGCUGACCUCAGAGUGAACCACGAGGGUGAGGCUGACCUCAGAGUGAACCACGAGGGUGAGGCUGACCUCAGUGUGAACCACGAGGGUGAGGCUGACCUCAGUGUGAACCACGAGGGUGAGGCUGACCUCAGUGUGAACCACAAGGGUGAGGCUGACCUCAGAGUGAACCACGAGGGUGAGGCUGACCUCAGUGUGAACCACGAGGGUGAGGCUGACCUCAGUGUGAACCACGAGGGUGAGGCUGACCUCAGUGUGAACCACGAGGGUGAGGCUGACCUCAGAGUGAACCACGAGGGUGAGGCUGACCUCAGUGUGAACCACGAGGGUGAGGCUGACCUCAGUGUGAACCACGAGGGUGAGGCUGACCUCAGUGUGAACCACGAGGGUGAGGCUGACCUCAGUGUGAACCACGAGGGUGAGGCUGACCUCAGUGUGAACCACGAGGGUGAGGCUGACCUCAGUGUGAACCACGAGGGUGAGGCUGACCUCAGUGUGAACCACAAGGGUAAUUAG